CUUGAAACGGUCCAAUCGAGUUUGCAGGUAGACCCAGACAAUACGGAACUUCAGAGUCUCAAAGCUGAGUUGGAAGAACUCAUAAAUCUCACCGAAACCUCGAUCGCCGAGCUUAAACCUGCUGCCCCCCCCGCAGCAAAACCUUCGCCUCCCCCGACAAAGGAAAAAUGGUCCAAGGAGAAUCACCCAGCGUAUCAGGCCGGCUAUCGCAAACCCACUGCCGAACCUGCGUCUACUUUUGAAACACCAACCCCGGUCUCGUUCUCUGUUAAUGACAAUGUGCUCGCUCGAUGGGUAUCCGGCGACAACUCCUUCUACCCUGCUCGUAUCACCUCAAUCACUGGAUCUUCCAGUAACCCAAUAUAUCUCGUGUCCUUCAAGUCGUACGGGACAGUAGAGAAUCUCACUGCUAAAGACCUCAGACCCGUUUCGGGAAAUGACUCGCGAAAGCGUAAGGCUGAUGCAAGCUCAGGCAAUUCUUCAUCGCAAUCACCAGCACCCCAACCCCCACAUUCGAGUGUUAUCUCUGCGGCGGCGGACAUCAAUCCUGCAUUGGCCAACCAGGCCCGAAAUGAGCCCAGCAAAGCCGGGGAUGGACCCGCCCGUCCGGCAAAGCUGCCGCGCAAGGUAAAGGCAAAUCGCGAAUUGGAAGAAGGAAAGAACAAAUGGAAGGACUUUGCCAGCAAGGGCAAACUGGGCAAGAAGCAGAGCAUGUUCAGAACUGGUGAUGGUGUGAACGCAAGAGUGGGUUUUACUGGCUCUGGCCAGACUAUGCGCAAGGAUCCCUCUCGAACACGCCAUGUUUACCAACAAGGCGAGGACGAAGGCUAUUGA